AUGUUUUUUAUUCAUAUUUUAAUUUUUAGUUUUUUUUGUUUUUUUUGUUUUUUUUUUCAAAUAUAUAGUUACAAUAUAAUUAAUAUUAAUAUUAAGUUAAAUAAGUAUGUAAAUUUAAAAAAUAAAUAUAAAAAUUUUAUUCUUAAAAACUCACAAAGGAAUUUCAAUUAUACAGUCGAAAAUUUCCCAUCCAUAAAUGAAAUCAUAAAUAACAAAGAUGACUAUUUUUUUAAAAGUAAUAAAACUUUUUCUGAUUUAAAUGUUCAUAAAACAUUAGUAGAGGAAUUAAAAAAAAAUAAUAUUAAUGUAGCUUCAAUAAUUCAAUCAGAUUUAUUAGAUUAUUAUAAUAAAAAUUAUGAGAAAUUAAAAAAUAUUAUUAUAGGUGCGGAAAAUGGUAUAGGGAAAACUUUGUCUUACAUAAUUUUAAUUUUAAAUCAUUUAUUAAAUCAAAAAAAAAAAAAUACAUGUAUUAUAAUUUUUCAAUAUAGCAAUUUAUUAUGUAAUCAGUGUUAUGAUAUCAUAAAACUUCUUUCAAAAAAUGUAAAAGUUAAAACAAUUAAUUUAAAAAAUGAAGAUAAGAUAAAUCUAAAUAAGAAUCACAUAAUUAUAUCAACUCCUGUAAAAUUUUAUCACUAUAUGAAAGAAAAUAAAGAAAUAUUAAUAAAUUUUUUUCAGAAUUUAAAAUUUUUGAUAAUAGAUGAAGCAGAUGUAAUAUUUGAAAAACCGUACAUUAAAUAUAUGAAUUAUAUUUUUGAUGAAAUAAAAAAAAUACAUGAUAAUUUUGUAUCAAUAAUAACAUCAUCUACCUUAUGUAAUAAAGGAAAAAAAUCUAUAUAUAACAACAUAAUGAAAUAUAUAAAAAAUUCAGUAAUUAUAAAAACAAAUUACUUUCAUAAUAUUCAUCCAUUUAUUAAUUAUCAUUUUAUUAAUUUACCUAUUUAUAAUAUUAAUACAAAGUUUGAAGCAAUUAAAAAAAUUCUUCAAAGAGAAAAUCAUAAAAAAGUUCUUAUUUUUUGCAAUACUAUUAAAAGUUGCAAUCAGGCAUUUAGUUUAAUGAAAUCAGUUUUUGAUAACAUUUUCAUUUUUAAUUCUUCAUUUAAAAAAACAGAUCAAUUAAUCAUUCUAGAACAUUUUAAGAAUUCACAAAAACCAAUUUUAGUAACUACUGAUAUUAUAUAUAGAGGUAUUGACGUGAAAAACAUAACGCAUCUUUUUCAUUUUGAUACACCAACAAAUAUCAUAGUAUAUACUCAUAGGAAUGGGAGAAUAAGUAGAGGGGCAAGUACAGGCGAUAUAUAUAUUUUUAAUAAUUUGAAUGAUUUAAUAACGAAAAAAAUAUAUGAACUUCAUAAAAAUAAUGUAAGAUUUGAAGAACUUUUUAGUAGAAAAAGAUCUUUAAGAAAAAAUUAUAAAAGAGAAUUAAAAAAUUCAAUGUAA